UCACGGGGGGGAAAGGAACACUAUAAACAUAGGGACGCAGGGCAUGGAUAAAUUACACGCGAUCGGACGUCUUCCCCCGUCUCCCACUUUUUCCCGGCGUUUUCGUCUCGCUAGAGAGCGCCUAAAAGCCAGAGGCCAGGCUUUGCACCUUGUUUUCUCUCGCGAUGAUGUUUCGACGGUGCGUGCGUAGGGAUGCGAUGUUGCUGCUCAUGGGAGCGUCGAUGAUGCACUUGUUUAGCAUGUUCUCGACUCCUUCGAUGACUCCCAGUAUUCGAAGUACGUGGUUCUACGAGGCACCCGUAGAUUUGGAUCCCCUUCCACCUCCUCCUGAGCCAAAGGCAGUCGUACCGCGAGACGUGGAGACGGUGACCGUAACAGUACACCCAGAUCCGAAGCAAACACCCCUCGCCAACCCAAAUCGACCCACCUCCCUCCCUCACACGUCCAUCGUUCACCAUGCCCCAGGAUGGACACUCUUCAGGAAUCUGUACAUGUCCGACGGGACAUUAUUUAUCCUGUCCAAUAACAGGUCAUUCCCUGAUAUCAGGAUGAUGACCAGUACGGGGUUCCCAGCGGAGAACACGCGGGAGAAUAUCGCGAUGAGGGAACCGACGAGGCAUCAUAUGGAUAUAAUUACGCCUGAGUGGGCGAAACGGAGGUGGGGGGAAAGGGUACUGAGCGUUGAGGGGAAUACGCUCCUGGUAAAUGAACCAAGCCAGUUCCUACGGCAUUACUACCAUCUCUGUGCAGAGCUCUUCUUCGGCGUCCAAGCCUUCUGGCACGGAGCCCAUUCUCAGCCUACCUCAGAAUCUGAAGGAGAAGUCCUCACCCACCCCGCCCCUCCCCCCCUCGAUCGCGUCAUAUUCGCCCACGCCACCACCGACGGAUGGCGCGACGGCCCCGGCUUCAACGGCUUCUUCCUCCGUGCCGCCUAUCCCUCCCUGACCGUCGAGACCUGGGACGACUGGGAAGACCGGAUAUCAGCUACAGCCGGGAGCACCGGUGCCUGGCGCUUCCCCCUCGUCCUCCUCACAGACCGAAGCGCCGCCCAUCGAGGGCCGAUAUGCGGGAGCCAGACUCAGCGGAUCGCUUCCGAGGCAUGGGAUUACAUGCGUCGGCAUGGAUUGUUGAUGGGCAUCCGCGUUGGGGGGUGGUGGGAACCUGUACGCGCUGCUGUGCUCAAGUUUGCUGGGGCGCCUGUUAGUCGGAGUGGGAUACGCGAGAAGCCUAUGCCGGAGAGGGUUGUUAUCACGUAUAUCAGUCGGCAGGGUGGGCAUCGGCGUAAGCUUAUCGAGGAGGACCAUGAUGGUAUGGUCGAGGCACUGGAGGAGCUUGUGCAGAGGAAGAAUACGAGGAGGGACGAGGUAGAGUGGGAGUUGAAUGUGUUGCAGGCUGAGGGGAUGACUAAGGAUAUGCAGUUGAGUGUUAUUGCCCGGACAACGUUUCUUUUGGGCGUACAUGGGAAUGGGCUGACGCAUUUGCUGUUUAUGCCCCCGACGAAGCUGUCGGCUGUUAUUGAGAUUUUUUAUCCUGGAGGGUUUGCGCAUGAUUAUCAUUGGACGGCGAGGGCUCUCGGUAUGUCGCAUUUUGCGGUUUGGAACGAUACGUGCGUACUCUUUUAUUUUGUUAUACUCGGAUUCGCUCAGGCUUUGUAGGUUCUACACAUACCCCGACGAGCCAGGGGUUGAUUACCCCGAGGGAUUUCAGGGAAACGAGAUACCAGUCUAUGGACCUACUGUCGCUCGGAUUAUCGAAGACAGGGUGGACGGAAAGCUGUAAAAGUAUAUAAUAUUAUACCUAUCUUGUAUCAUACCAGCGAACAAUCCACGCGUUUACUUUGAGGAAAGAUGCAGGAAGCAGCGAAGUAAGGAUUACUGACAUGUAUGCGUGCCCAAGAAUUGAAGAACAACGUGCUGUGUAUCAUGAACAGCGAAAAUGCUCAUCAAUAAAGCCUAGAAUACCGCCUAGGCGCUGAGUAAAAAUUUCGCUCUCA